GAGAUUUCAUUGAGUUCAAUCGCCAAACAAUGGCUGUAGAAACAGCGACAUACUCCUUGGAGGGCCUUCAGGAGCGACUUGCGGAACACCGAAAAUGCUUUGAUUCCCUCGUCGAACUCAUUCCUGCUAAAUAUUAUCUGGCCCGAGACGACGAUGCGCCUACCGGAAAGUACAUGCACAACAAAAAGAACAAAGCUCCAAAACAGGUAGUGAAAGAAGCGACGAAGAAGGCCAAGAAGGCAAAGUUGGACCCUGAGAACGUCAAGUCUGUAUUGGACAUUCAGACCGAGACCCUGGCGACGAGCGAGGCCGCACAAGAGGACGGUGGAGAACCAGCAUCUGCUGACGAUGUGGAUCAUAUGGAAGGAUUAGCCCCCCUUCCAACAGGGUCGAUUGUGGAGCUGCAGGAGAAGCUGAAAAGCCGUAUUCAAGAGCUUCGUACCAAACGCAAAGCACCUACGGGGACAGUAGAUGGUGAAGCACCAAAGAGCAGACAAGAAAUUUUAGAAAAACGGGCAAAGCGAAAGCGGGAGCGUAAGGAGGGAAUCAAACAGAAGAAGGAAAAGAGAAGAAAGUUGGACGAUACAAAGGGAAUGGCUAUUGAUGGACCAUCAAAGAUGGACACCAAAGCGAACGGUGGCUCUAAAGCCAUUAAGGAGGACGUGACAUUUGGCAAGCUUGACUUUGGUAUAGCUGAGGUGGCAAAGAAGCGGAAAGGUCCAACUGAUCUCACGGGACAGUUAAAGCAGGCUGAAGCAAAGAAACAAAAGCUGGAAAAGCUGAAGCAAGUGGAUAAGGAGAAGGCUGAGACAAUCGAAGAAGCUGCGGUAUGGAACAAGCUGCUUAAACAGGCAGAAGGAGAAAAGGUCAAGGACGACUUGAAGCUCCUAAAGAAGAGUGUGAAACGAAAGGAAAAAUCAAAGGAAAAGAGUGCUACCACUUGGAGUAACAGACAAGCGCAGGUGAAGAAAGAGCAGGAGGAGCGACAGAAAAAGCGAGAGGAGAACCUGAAGGCGAGACAAGAAGCCAGAAAUGCACCCAAAGGUUCAAAAGGGAAAAAAGAUAAGGGCAAAAAGCCAAGACCAGGAUUUGAAGGUGGGGUGCGAAAGAAGGGAGGUAAACCGUAGGGUGGUGGAAGGGCGGAUACUGGUCCUUGGAUGGGAACAUCAGUCUUUCGGCUUGCGUAGGCGGCCGGUCUUCAUUUUCAUGUAGUAUAAUGUAUUCACUUUACUGGAAUGGCUGGACCAACUGGUCCGCUGCCUUAGCCUAUUCUACAGCUCAAUAGUAAGAUAUCGCACGUCGCCUGACCGUACUUGAGCUUCCG